UGCAGACAUUGUCAACGCCACAACGAAAGCCAAACUGGAUAUUCGCUACGCGUGAAGUGGCUCGUCUCGUCAUGUGGAAGUACGCGCUAUUAGUUUUGUGCGGCGUUGCAUUACUUUUCGAUUGUACUGCAGGUCGAUUAUUGGGUAAUUACGAAUCAGCCGCGCGAUCGAAUACCGAGGAAUUACUGAAAAAAGUGCCCCGUCGAAUAGUCAAUGGAACCAAAGCUGUUUUAGGCCAAUUUCCGCAGCAGGUCUCCCUGCGGAGGAGAUACUCUCAAAGCCAUUUCUGCGGUGGCAGUAUAUUGACGCCUGACUGGGUUCUCACCGCGGGUCACUGCAUGCUCGAUAACCUAGGUAAAGUCAUUGGUGCCUACACAAUAAUUGUCAUUGCUGGCGAAAUUGUACUGAAAAAUACAAAUAGAGCACGGCAAUGGAGCUACGUGUCUGAACGCAUCGUACAUCCAGAGUUCGACAUUGAUACUCUUCACAACGAUGUCGCUCUGUUGAGGGUGGAAACACCAUUUGUAUUUGAUCCGUACGUGCGACCAGCUCCUGUAAUGCGCGACAAAAUGAUCCCACACACAGAAUGCCAAGUGGCAGGAUGGGGACGUAUCCAAUACGAAGGCCCCAUUAGCGCUUAUCUUCUAUUCGUCGACGUGCCUCUCCUGCCUAUUCCGCUGUGCCGAGAGCUUUUAUAUAAUUACUCAUCUAUUCCACCAGGCAUGUUCUGUGCUGGUUAUCUCGAUGGUGGUCGAGAUGCUUGUCAGGGAGACUCGGGUGGUGGCAUGAUAUGCGAGGGUUAUCUGACGGGGGUAGUGUCUGGCGGUGAGGGUUGCGCGUGGCCAAGACUACCUGGUCUAUACGCCGAUGUCAAAUAUUACCUGCCUUGGAUCGAGCUGUACGUCGAGCUUAACAACAAUUUCACCAUCCGUUCGACUCCUUUCAAUGGAAGGUCAUCUGCAAUGCAGACGACUUCGACUUUUAUGAUACUCGUUUUUGUACUUGCUGAAAUAUUUAGUUUGUAAAUAAAUACUCGUAGAAGAUAAAAGUGCAGGCAAAGUGUCUUUGCUUAACAAGAUUCACUUUAGUUCCUGCAUCAAAUAAAUAAAACUCAAAUGUACGUAAAGAAUAAUGUUUUACACUAUUUUUUGAGAACUUUGUAGUGAAUUUUAAAUAAUU